UUACUCCAAUCUUUCAAUAACACACCACUACCCAUGCCACUGCCAACAUGCAAACCACAAACAACGAGUACCUUAGACAAAAACAUUCACUUUCUCACCACCUGAGUGAAUGUUCUUUAAUACUGUAAUGUUGGCACACCUGGCUGUUACCUCUUCUCAAUGCCUGCUCAGUGGCCCUGCUGCUGCUGCCCUUCAGUCACCCAACAGCUGUGUUAGGGGUAAUGUGCGUCUCUCUGUGAUCGCUCCCUCCUCCAUUAUGACUACCCAGGGCUUAAGUGGUCAGCUGUCUCGAGUGCUGAGUGCUGAUGAGAAUGCAAAGGUGGUGAGGGCGUUUGGCGACGGGUGUAAGGUGCAGGCGGCGGGCGUGGUGCAGCUGUUCAUGACGGAGCCUCCUCAUAAUCACAGCUGGAUCAAGAAUGGUGCAGGCGUGGCGACACUCACGAGGGAUGAGAACAGGCGGGGGUUCUUCAUUCAGGUGGUGGACAUCGAGGUCGGGGUGGCGAUCUUCGAGCAAGAAGUCUACAGGGAGUUCGAGUAUCACAGUGAUGUUAAUUUCUUCCACCAGUUCGAGGGAGAGGACAGAAUGAUAGGCCUCAACUUCUGUGAUGACGUGGAUGCUUCUAACUUCAGGAACGCUGUCAACAACUUACUGGAGAACCGGAGGAAGAAGCGAAUCGAACGCCAGAAGAGAUUAAUUCAGGAAGAAAGCGAUAAAAUGAAUCAGCUGACUCUUAGGAAACAAAAAGCACAACGAGAACAACAACAGCUACAACAACAACAACAGCUACAACAACAACAACAGCAACAACAACAACAACAACAACAACAGCAAAAGGAGAAAAGUAAAAUUCCAGGCAAAAAGAGCAGAUUUAUGAAGAAAGAUAAGAAAAAACUCAGGAACAUGGUGAUAAGUAGCCCCUACAACUUCGAGCACGUGAGUCACGCUGGAAUUAAUAACUCCUUCAACAUUGAUGACGACCUGAUGUCCCUCUUCCAAAUGGCUGGGCUGGACAAGAGCAAGCUGCAGGACCAAGCGACGCGCCAGUUCGUAUACGGAUACCUGGAGCAGCAUGGCGGCCUGGAGGAAGCGAGGAAGAAGAGCAAGAAGUAUUCCAUGUAUCAUCACGAAGGCAGGCUCUCCAACAGGCCCGCCCCCGCUCCUGUUCCUGCCCCCGCUCCCUCCCCCGCCACUGCCCACGCCCCUAAAUUAAUGGCCCCUCCACCCCCACCAGAAAGACGCACCAGAUCCUCCUCUUCCACCUCCUCUACCACCUCCACCACCACCACCUCCUCCACCACCCCCUCCCUGCAAGCUCCUUCCCCGCCAAGACGCCGUACUUCUAGCAACACCACAGCCCCACAGCCCCCGCCAGGACGCCCCAGCAUCCCCCAGGACUCCCUUCCACUGCCCCAGCCACCGCAGGUCAAAGAUGGCUUGGUACCCCCUACCCCUCCACCUCCCAGAAAACCUUAUGUACAGUCGACCUCCUCCACUGAUAUCUCCUCCUUCUCCAUACCUCCUCCUCCUUCUCUUCAGUCACAGCCUCCUCCUCCUCCUCCUCCUCUUCCUUCAAGCACUCGUAAACCUCCUGCUCAAAAGCCACAGGUAUCCUCUGGUCCUCUUCCUCCUCCUCCGCCUCCUCUACCUCCUCCAGCUCCUCCUGCUCCCCCGCUUCCGCCUCCUACCGCGCCAGGGUCACCGCCUUCUGCGCCCCCUCCGCCAGUGGACCUCAGAGGCGCCCUCAUGGACCAAAUUCGCAGUACAGGGAACAAGACUUUGAAGAAAGUCGGUCUUCCUCCCCCUCCUGCACCGGGAGACCAGCGCGGGCAGCUCCUGCAGGAUAUCAAGUCCAGAGGAUUCAAACUGCAUCAUGUGGAGGUGCCCACGGAGACAGUGAAGCCCGAGGAGCUGGAGGGCAUGGCGUUGGGUCUGCAGCGUGCCCUUGAGGAGCGUUUCCAGGUCAUCCACUCCGACUCUGACGAUUCUGCCGACGAUGACGACGUCUCAGAUGACGAUGAGUGGGACGACUGAGAGAGGGAGUAGCAGUGAGGCGAUCCAGGGAGGGUGUCUGUCUGGCGUACCUAUGCAAGCCCCGUAUUCUGAAACCCUCUGCUCUUUCACCUCGACUAUUUUCCAAGGCCACAGAGAUGAUUAACCGGGUUGUCAAGAGUGUUUAUCUUCUUAAUAAUGUAGAGACGUUGUUUAUCUGUCAGCAGAAUCAUAGAAACACUCUUAAAAACCCGUGUAACGUCAACUAGAACCUUUUGGAAGUAGUGGAGGUGGGGCGCGGAAGUGGUUCAGAAUACCAUCCUAAGGUGCGUGCAGGGAACGUUAUCUGGGACUGUAAUCUUUAGUUCCUUGAAAUCUGGAUGGCUUCCUGGAACAUGUUGGGUAAGUCCAUUGCUACUCGCUAUUGUACCGAAGAAAACUCGCGAGAAGUCGAUUCAUUGCGUCUGUGGCCUUUGCAAUUAGGAGAGAGAAAAGCGUUUGAAAUUUUGAACAGACCCGUGGAAGUGAGGGUUACCAGGGUGCUUGCAUGGGUGUAGUGAUGGCACAGUAACACCAGAUCCUCGGCUGUCGGAAAAAAACUCAUGAAAAUUCGAUCUGUGGCCUUUGAAAUCAACAAAAGUAAAGCGUUUAAAAUUUUGAACAGACUCUUGGAGGUGAAGAUUUCCAGAGUGUUUCCAUGGCUGCGGUGAUGGCUUGACAAAACUGAACCAUUGUCUGACUGGGAAAAAAAAAAAAAACACGAGAAUUUGAUCCAUUACGUCUGUGACCUUUGAAAUUUUGAACAGAUUAAUGGAAGUGAGGGUUUCCAGGGGGCUUUUCUGGGUGCAGUGAUGGGUUGGCAAAACUAAAACAAAAAAAAGCAUUGUCAGACGAAAAAAGAAAAGAAAAGAAAAAGUCAAUCCAAUACCUCUGUGGGUUUCGAAAUUAGGAGAAAGCAAGGCGUUUAGAAUUCUGAACAAACUAGUUAUGGGUGUUUUCCUGGGCGUGGUGAUGGCAUGAUAACACCAAACCAUCGGCAGACUGAAAAACUCGAAAAUUCGAUCUGUGGCUUUUGAAAUGAAAGAAUCAAAGGGAAAAACUCGUGGAAAUUCGUUCUGUGGCUUUUGAAAUGAAGAGAAGCAAAGCGUUUAAGAUGUUUAACAGACUAGUGGAAGUUCAGGUUUCCAGGGUGAUGGCUAAGCAAAACUGAAAAAUCGGCAGUCGAAAAAAAAAAAAGUGUAAAUUCGAUCUGUGGCUUUUGAAAUGAAGAGAAGCAAAGCAUUAAGAUUUUGAACAGACUAGUGAAAGUUCAGGUUUUCAAGCUGAUGGCUAAACAAAACUGAAAAAUCGGCAGUCGAAAAAAAAAAAAGUUAAAAUUCUACCUGUUACCUUUGAAAACAGUAAGGAGAGAACAAAGCGUUUAGAAAAUACAGAACCAGUUGUCUUUCCUCCCUCAAGUCUUAUGUACAGCGUGCGUAGAUAUUUUCUGUGGAAGAGUUAAAUAUUACCUUGUGUGCCUCCAGUGGGUAAUUACCUGUGCUGCUUGUUUGGGUGAGGUGCGCAGGUGCAGUACCGUCUUCGUUUUUUCGUCUCCAGAAUAUACUUAAGUCGUCUUUCCUUGAUUUGAGUGCAGGAUGUGUUAAGACUGGUUUGUUUAGAGUUAUUUUGAGUUGUAAAAUGUAUGUAAACGAAUGGCACUGAGAUCUGGCUAGUAUGAUUUACAGAACAUGCUAAAGUUAUUGAGAUUUGCGUGUCAUUUUGGAUAAUAAUUAAAUGACUCGAUUUGGUUGUCAUUUUAGUUGUGUGUUCACUUCCAUUACAGUCCAUGACAAACUA